UAGUGAAAAUAUUUGGUUAGCGGGUUGAUUUAACCGGAUAUAGGGUUCAUAUAUGCAAUUGAAAGUACAAUUGUGAAAAAAGAUAAAUAAAAAAGGAAAGAUGGUUUUUUGAUACACAAGCUAAUUAAGUGCAUCGAGAGGAGAGCUAUUGAAAAUGAAUGUUUUGUUUGUUUUUGUACGGUGGAGAGAAGAAUGAAAAGAUGAUCAGGUAAAGAAUGAAACUUGGAAAUCAUGCAAAGCCACACCUCUCCCUUCAACACAUUCUUACGUGUCCUCUUCUCUUCACUCCAUAUCUCCUUUUUAUUACAAAAAUAAAAAUCUUUCAAACCAAUUAUAUUUAUAUGUAUGUUCUCUUAGACUUAUCUCUUAUACCCCUUUUGUAUGCUCUUAGCCUUUGCUCUUUAGUUUUAGAUCAUAUCAAUCGACAUGGCGAAUGUUGACCGUGAUCGGCGUGUGCAUGUAGACCGUACUGACAAACGUGUUCAUCUUCAGCCAUCCUACGAAGAUGAUGUUGGUUUUGGUGGUUAUGGUGCUGGUUCUGAUUUUAAGAGUCGCGGCCCCUCCACUAACCAAAUCUUGGCACUUAUAGCAGGAGUUCCCAUUGGUGGCACACUGCUAACUCUAGCUGGGCUCACUCUAGCCGGCUCGGUGAUCGGCUUGCUAGUCUCCAUACCCCUCUUCCUCCUCUUCAGUCCGGUCAUUGUCCCGGCGGCUCUCACAAUCGGGCUUGCUGUGACGGGAAUCUUGGCUUCUGGGUUGUUUGGGCUGACGGGUCUGAGCUCGGUCUCGUGGGUCCUUAACUACCUCCGUGGGACAAGUGAUACAGUGCCAGAGCAAUUGGACUAUGCUAAGCGGCGUAUGGCUGAUGCGGUAGGCUAUGCUGGUAUGAAGGGAAAAGAGAUGGGCCAGUAUGUGCAAGAUAAGGCUCAUGAGGCCCGUGAGACUGAGUUCACAACUGAGACCCAUGAGCCGGGUAAGGCCAGGAGGCUCAUAAGCUAAUUAUAAAUUUCUCGAGUCUGUUGGAAAGGCGAUCAUGUUAUUUUACUUUUAUGUCCCAGUUUCUUUCCUCUUUAAUUUUAAGAAUAUCUUUGUCAAUAUGUGUACGUUCGUUUUGUCUUGUUCAAAUAAAAAUCGUUGUUAAUGAAAUAAGAAGUGAAAUAAAUAUAUUUUAUUUUCUAAGAUAA